AUGACUUACAACCUCUCGGGCGCACCCUUGCACCAAGAACAGCUUUUCCAGCGGGAAGGCUGCAGCCCGACCGCCAAGAUUCAAGUCCCACUUUCUCCACUGACAUUUAGCCUUAGAAAAGCAAGAGCCACCAAGCUGCGGCUGCAGCGGCCGCCCGCGCCCCGGCAGCACCAUGACAGGUACGCGCCGCGCCGCCCUGCCCUCUCGCUGCGGGCUCGACACCGCCGCCGCCGCCGCCCCGGGCGAGUUCCCGAGCGCUGUAAAGUUGCCGCUAGCCGCAGCGCCCAGCGCCCCAGCGCGCGCGGGACCGAGGAUCAGGCCUUUGUGACACUGACAACAAACAAUGCCUACGCCAAGGGUGCCCUGGUUCUGGGCUCAUCUCUGAAACAACACAGGACCUCCCGAAGGCUGGCCGUGCUCACCACCCCACAGGUCUCAGACAGCAUGAGGAAGGCUUUGGAGGUAGUCUUUGAUGAAGUCAUCACCGUAGACAUCUUGGACAGUGGUGACUCUGCUCAUCUCACCUUGAAGAAGAGGCCUGAGUUGGGCAUCACACUGACCAAACUGCACUGCUGGUCCCUCACCCAGUAUUCAAAAUGCGUGUUCAUGGAUGCAGAUACGCUGGUCCUCAAAAAUAUUGAUGAUCUUUUUGAAAGAGAAGAACUGUCGGCGGCCUCAGACCCAGGGUGGCCUGACUGCUUCAACUCGGGGGUCUUUGUGUAUCAGCCUUCAGUGGAAACCUACAAUCAGCUGUUACGCUGCGCUGCCGAGCAGGGCAGUUUUGACGGAAUGUGUGGGGACAAGGGAUUACUGAACACAUUUUUUAGCAGCUGGGCAACAACAGAUAUCAGAAAACACCUGCCAUUUAUUUAUAACCUAAGCAGCAUUUCUAUAUACUCCUAUCUCCCAGCAUUCAAAGCGUAAGUGCCAAUGAUUUAACUUAUUGGGGACUGUGAGGGAAACGG